CAAGAAAAUGGCUGGAUCAACAACAAAUUUUCCAAAUGUUCAAAGAAUUCGAGAUAUGGUUCGAAAUGACCUUGCAUCUCUGCUCGAUUCUUUCAAAGGAAAGAAAGAUUUGGUACUGGAUACAGAGCUCAUGAAACCAUUAGACAGAGUGGCUGGAGCUACAAUGCUCAAGCAAAGACAUGUAGAUAAAAUUUUCAAGUUAGAUCCAACACAGAAGUCCAUACAUGGUUGUGAACAGAGGGUGUACUUAGUACGACCACAGAUGACUACCAUGAAGGUCAUUGCUGACCAUGUCAAUUCAGAUAGAAGCAGCAAUAUCAAAAGACAGUAUAGAAUUAUAAUGGUGCCACGGAAGUUACAUGUAUGUGAGAUGAUUCUUGAACACGAGGGUGUUAUGGGAUAUAUAACAAUACAUGAGUUACAGAUGGAUCUGAUACCACUAGACAGAGAUAUACUGUCAUUAGAGUUACCUCAGUUCUUUAGGUCAUUUUAUCUGGAUAGUGACCAUACCUGGAUACAAACAAUAGCUAAAUCACUUAUCAACAUCCAGGCUCUAUGUGGAAUUAUUCCUAAUGUUUAUGGCAUUGGCAAGGGAUCAAAAAUGGUGAAUGAUCUGAUGAAAAAUAUACUUGGAGAGAAAUUAUCUGGACCAGACUACACUAAAUGUGAUAUAGGAAAUCUCAUUCUUAUAGACCGAGAUGUAGAUUUUGUAACACCAUUGUGCUCCCAGCUGACUUAUGAGGGUCUCCUAGAUGAUACAUUUGGUAUAUCAUGUGGUUAUAUAGAAUUUGGCAAAGAUGUAACUGGAAAGGAUCAGAGUACUAAACUUCUACUUAGUAGUGAAGAUCAGAUUUUUGAUGAAGCAAGAAACAGACAUUUCUCCAAUGUAUUUGAAUAUCUGAGUUCUAAAGCCAAAUCUUUACAGACUGAAUUUGAUCAAAGACAUGCACUAGAAUCUGUUGGGGACAUGAAAGAUUUUGUGGCAACUAAAUUGAGAGGUUUGAAGGCACAGAAAGCAGCUCUAUCACAUCAUAUUGGUGCCUGUGAGGUUAUCCUUGGAAAGAAAACUAAAGGAGAGUUUGAGGAAUAUUUACAAACAGAGCAUAGUUUGUUGGAAGGUACAGCACUGAGAGAAAACAUGACAUUUAUUGAGGAACUUAUAAACAAACAGUCAAACAUGAUACAGACCCUUAAAUUGUUAUGUUUGCUGUCCCUCACCCAGGAUGGAAUACCAGCUCGUGACUAUAAAUCAUUGAAGAAACAAUAUUGUCAGAGUCACGGAUUUGAACAAAUGUUAUCAUUUUACAACUUAAGUAAGCUUGGAAUGUUGAUAGAUCAAGAACUGACAACUAUUCAACCAGCAUCAUCUCUUGGUAAAGUGACAUCCAGUAUGGCAGCCAUGACUAAACACAGCUCAUUUAAAAGUCUGUGUAGAAGACUAGCCCUUAUACCUAAAACUGAAGACAUUAACUUGAAGAGUCCAACUGACAUGUCAUAUGUGUUUAGUGGAGCAUAUUCACCUUUGUCAUGUAAACUUGUUGAACAGGCACUAAUGAAAGAAACAUUUAUUGGUAUGGAAGAAAUAACUAAACAUUUACCAGGUGGUGUCUUUGCUGAAGUCAGUGCAAAACAGUCUAAAGGAAAGAUGCCAUCCUCCUUACCUCCAUCCUCUAAAGUAGUCCUUGUCUACUUUUUGGGAGGCUGUACAUACUCUGAAAUAUCAGCAUUGAGAUUUCUUGGAAGAUUAAAAGGAUACAGAUUUCUGGUAGCUACAACUUCCAUAAUAACUGGAACCUCAUUAUUAGAACAAGUAGUCGAGAAACCUCCUAUCUGAUUUAUAUGCUGAAGAUUCCUGUGAUAUACACAUUGUGCAAUAAGACAUUCCUGCAUAAUUGAUAUGCAAUUUAUUUACAGAAUAGUGUUUGUAUAUGCCUGUUGAAAAUUGAAGGUUUUAGAAAACUGAUACAAUACAAAGUGCCAAAUAUGUGCUAGGCACAGAAAAAAAUAUUUCAUACUGAUGCAAACAAAGUAAUUCAUUGAAACAAUAAGAGAGGAAAACUACUUAUACUUUUUAAUGUCUUUAGUCAAGCUUCACUCAACUUAUUGAUUGUUGAUGCUUUAUAGUUGCAUAUAUAUAUAUAUAUGAGAUAUUUAAAACAAAUAAAUAAAUAUGAAUUAAGUUUAA